UGCCGCUACAUUCCAACAUUUGAAUUGGCCAGGCUUUUAGGACGAGGUCUGCACACCACUGGUUUCUCGACCUAUAACAGUCCGUUCUGUAACCCGAACAACAGUGGCGGAGGCGUUGAAAUGAAGUGCGGAAGACCUUAGCGAAUGGUCAUUUCUUCCUGCAAUUAUGGUGUGUUAGUGAGGCGGCUUCAAAUCCACUGGUUUUCCCGUGCCCGAUCCCAGCUUGCUGCGUCAAUCUUUCGCUCUUGUGGCGUGCAUUCAACUCCAAAUAACCCUCAUGUCACCGUCCAGUCCCUUGUCAGCAUCUUCUCCUCCGAAGAAUAUUCAACCCGUCCUGUGUGGUCAUUGGCAGAUCUCAUUAGUAAACCCGAAAGACAGAAGGAGCUACGAUCUUUCCUAGAAUCGUUGGCUGUUGAUGAAUACCAGUUUCUGCGUUGGCGAAAUGCAUUAGCUGCUCCUGAUAUGACUACUGCUCUCAGCGCCUUGGCGCAUAACUUAGUUACCACCCCGAGCCUGUUUUCACCAAACCACAACAGCCCCUCAGCCGGUAAGAAACAUUCUGCUUCACCCUUCAACCAGCCUUCCUGGCUUGCUCUUGCCAUAGUCAAUUCAAAGAUACGAGGACCUCAGCAUCUCAGCAUAGCAUAUGAGUGGUUUCGAUAUCUCAUCUCCAGAGACCAUCACUCUAAGGCGCAUGGCUCAUUUGUCGCCGCUCUCAUUGAAGCUGGCGCCAAGAUGCAAUUUUACUCUGGCCUUCCCAUCCUCGUGAACAGUUACGUCUCCCUACGGCGCUCAGCAUUCACAGUGGAGGAUUUUCAUCGGGUCAUUAUUGCCCUAGCCAACACUCAAAGCAAUGGAGCUGCAUUGAAAUCCUCUGGCGGUAGCGUACUCACCGCAGUUAUGUUCGACAAGGAUACCCACCUCAUUGAUAUCUUCGAGCGUAUGAAACGCGCAGGAUACGACGUAAUGGGAGAGGAUACGCAGAAGGUCGUGAUUUCGAUCGCUAGGCAUCUUGGGUUGCGGGCUAUUCGCUAUCUCAGGAGACAGGGAUCAGAAAAGAGUGGGAGACUCUCGUAUUUGCUUUCUCGGCAAGCUUUAUCUCAGUAUGCGUCCAUUGGAAUGACUCGCCGAGCUGCGUCUGAGUUGGACUCUAUACGUCGAGCAAGAAUAGCAAGAAAGCAUCCUGUUGUACCCGUUUCGUCUGGGUUCAACAAGUCCGCUUACACGGAGCAGCCGAAUUCGGCGUCAAGUGCAUCGGCGGUCAAUAUUAAGACCCGCGGGAAGAUCAACCGUGAAACCAUAACUCCUCUUAAUAUUUUAUUUAUUUCUUCAUUUGCCCGUGACUCUCGAUCUCGGGAUCUGCACCGUUUCCCCCACCCAUUAUUUGCUUAUCUUCAGCGCCUUCGCCUUCAUGUCGACUCCAACACAAAUAUGGGGAGAAGUUCUGAAGAGCGACAUCGUCUCCUCUCCACCUUUUUGGCAGCGUUAUCCAUGCAAGAUGGGUUCUCGGCAAAAAAAUUGUUCGAUGUACUCGAAGGGCUUGACAAUACACGUCUAGAUCCCGCAGCUCUAGCAUCCAUCGUCAAGGGACUGGCACGACGGGGUGAUGCUGCGGGCGCCCUGCGAAUAUGGGAUACGUACAUAAAGCCCCAGAUACAGCAAUCGUCGUCAUCCGGCCCUCAUUUUGCAAGUGCCGCUGUUCACGCUUUCACGGCUAAUAACCGCCUUGCCGAUGCUUUUGACAUUUUAGAUUCCUGUGGCAAACAGGGUUUGAACGUCCAUGUUGUUUCAGAUUUCGUCCGAAAACUGGCACAUAACGGACGUCCCCAUCUUUGUUACUAUCUUUGGGACAACAUGGAAGCCAUGUAUGGCAUCCGACCUAAUGAUAGCAUUCUCAACACCAUUCUUAUUACCGCCUCCAGCUUCAGCUCGAGGGAGCAUGCAAGCAGAAUGGUGGAUUUGCUGGGUUUUGGUUGGUCGCGAUCACGAUCGGACUCCUCAAUGCUAGCGAAAGAGAGCAAAUCUCGAAGCCCCCAGGACCAUUCCAUCUAUGUACAAUCAGUGUUGAAAGGAGAGGUCGAGAGCGAUGGUUUCUGGUGGCACGGCAGGCAGGCUUGGCAGAGAGCGAAAGAUGUUUUCCGGGACGUUAUACUAGGGAAUUGGCCCGAACUGAAUAAUGUAGAGAUCCCCGCCGUGGCGAACUUAGAUGGUAUGGCGCCUUUCAUGCCUGGACGGCCGUUCUUCUUCCCAAGGAUGCCCAAGUCAGUAAACAGAGUAGGCACAAAGGAUCAACCUCUUCCCGUUGGACCAUACUACGACAUCAUCCCAUCUCGACGAAGCUUUGACGCAUAUAUGCGCCUUCUCUGCGCUCAUAACCUUGCGGACGAAAUCCCCGAAACAUUGGCAUGGCAGCGCGCUCUUGGGAUCGCACCGUCACGCCACACGCUCCGCCUUGCGCUAACCCGAUUCGCUGAAGUCGGAGAAGCCCCUCCCAUUUUCGAGGACGCUAAGAAACACAUAGGUUUCAAUUUUCAAUCCAGCCCAAUCGAGAAUCUCCGAGCCUGGAUUAUUGAUUGGGUUGGAAGGGAUAAUUGCCCCACUGAGAGGGAGCUGGCGAUGACGAGGACGAUGAUUGGGUAUCGGGAUGGCGCAGGUACGCAGGGGAAAGAGAGUGAUGAAUGGAGGGAAUAUCAGGAAAUGCUAGAGAAGACGAAGACUGCGUUUAGACGGAAUAGGGGUGAUCUUCGAAGAAAGGAGAAACGCGUGUCUCGGUGGGUAGAGCAAGGCUUGUUGAAAGCAAGGGCUCGCCGAGCAGUACGAAAAGCAAGGAAGCGUGAACUCACGAUCAGGAGGGCGACCCUUGGGUGAUGAUCUGUGUGACCAUGACAAGGUGAUGACCGAUUAUCAUUCUGUGAGUAAGGACCCGUAGAUGCAUCAUAUUGUGAGUUAGAUGUAUAAUACAGUAGGGGUGUAAUACGGGGACGUCUAUGAACCCGUUGUAGAUGGCGGAGUGUAGUCUUUUGUGAGGUCGAUGUUGGCAAGAUGGGUAUUUUGGAUCUUGACAUGCCUAACUCGAGUAGUGUUCUUCGACUUCUUGCUUUUUGAGUUCUUGUUC